AUGUACAGGCGCCUGCAUAUGCACCUGCUCUGUAUCGAGAAGCUGAAGAUAUCAGGUGCAGCUGCAGAGUGUGCGAUACUGUACAUGCCCGUAGGUACCUCCCACCCAACAUAUGCACUUGACAUUAUGCGCGCCUCUCCGGAAUUCUCCUCUUGCAGACUUCAUCAUCUGCACACCAAAUACGACCACGACUCCAAACUGGGCGACCGACCUGACCUCACGCCCACAUCGCUACUUGUCGGCCUAGCCCAGGGCGGUGAUGCUCUACUAUGUAUUCCCGUGCUGGAGUCUGCGCGUAUCGCUACUCCUCCAGAAACAGGUUCAAUGAGCCCGACCCAGAAGAAGGCAUAUUUGAUCGCCGCUUGGCGUAAUGAAUGGAGCUCCGAGUACGGUAACGCGGAACACCCUUUGCCAGGCCAGGCGAGCCAGGGCAGCAGUUCGAUUUCGAGCUGUCUGUCUGACAGCUUACGAGCAUAUGAAGUCAAGUACUCGUACUAUUACUUCUCCUUGCAAGCACCAUCGGUAUGGAGUGCUGGCACACCAUGCUUUCACAGCAACGCGCGCUGGCCCCCUUUCGUGCCGGUGCACCGUCCCCGUGUCAAAUGUCAGCUCGCAAUCGGCCUCGCUUUUUAUGCUACUCCGGGUGCCGUGCAGGCAAUGCUGAGAGAGGCCUUGCACCAGUCCGAGGCACCAACAGCGGGCCAUCAGGCCGGAGCUUGCUUCCAAUUGCUCAUUGCUCACAUACAGUAG